ACUCCAUGGCUGCAGAAAGGAGAGGCGGCGGCGGCCUCGGCUGAAGAAAGAAGGUGGGAGCGGAGAGCGCAGGCGUGAAAUCUUCCCGAGGUCGCAGACGCCAGCGGAUUUGCUUUGGGAGCCAGAGUAGCUGCCGCCACCAGAGUCCGGAGCCAUGAGCGGGUUUAAUUUUGGAGGCACUGGGGCCCCUACAGGUGGGUUCACAUUUGGCACUGCAAAGACAGCGACAACCACACCUGCCACAGGGUUUUCUUUCUCCACCUCUGGCACUGGAGGGUUUAAUUUUGGGGCUCCCUCCCAACCAACCACAAGUACCCCUUCCACCGGCCUGUUCUCACUCGCCACUCAGACUCCAGCCACACAGACAACAGGCUUCACUUUUGGAACAGCAACUCUUGCCUCGGGGGGAACUGGAUUUUCUUUGGGGAUCGGUGCUUCAAAGCUCAACUUGAGCAACACAGCUGCCACCCCAGCCAUGGCAAACCCCAGUGGCUUUGGGCUGGGCAGCAGCAACCUCACUAAUGCCAUAUCGAGCACUGUCACCUCCAGCCAGGGCACAGCACCCACUGGCUUUGUGUUUGGCCCCUCCACCACCUCUGUGGCUCCAGCCACCACAUCUGGAGGCUUCUCAUUCACUGGUGGAAGCACGGCCCAGCCCUCCGGUUUCAACAUUGGCUCAGCGGGGAAUUCAGCCCAGCCCACCGCACCUGCCACUCUGCCCUUUACUCCGGCCACGCCAGCAGCCACCACAGCAGGCGUUACGCAGCCAGCUGCUCCCACAGCCACAGCCACCACCACCGGUACUGGGCCCACCCUCUUUGCAUCAAUAGCAACCGCUCCAACCUCGUCUGCCACCACCGGACUCUCCCUCUGUACCCCUGCGACCACCGCGGGAGCCCCCGCUGCCGGGACACAGGGCUUCAGCUUAAAGGCACCUGGAGCAGCUUCGGGCGCCUCCACAGCAACAUCCACCACUGCCACCGCCGCGGCCACCAGCAGCAGCAGCAGCACCACCGGCUUUGCCUUGAAUUUAAAACCACUGGCGCCAGCUGGGAUCCCCAGCAAUACGGCAGCCGCUGUGACUGCUCCACCUGGCCCUGGUGCAGCUGCAGGGGCGGCCGCCAGCUCCGCCAUGACCUACGCGCAGCUGGAGAGCCUGAUCAACAAAUGGAGCCUGGAGCUAGAGGACCAGGAGCGGCACUUCCUCCAGCAGGCCACCCAGGUCAACGCCUGGGACCGCACGCUGAUCGAGAACGGGGAGAAGAUCACCAGCCUGCACCGCGAGGUGGAGAAGGUGAAGCUGGACCAGAAGAGGCUGGACCAGGAGCUCGACUUCAUCCUGUCCCAGCAGAAGGAGCUGGAAGACCUGCUGAGCCCGCUGGAGGAGUUGGUAAAGGAGCAGAGCGGAACCAUCUACCUGCAGCACGCGGAUGAGGAGCGCGAGAAAACCUACAAGCUGGCUGAGAACAUCGACGCGCAGCUCAAGCGCAUGGCCCAGGACCUCAAGGACAUCAUCGAGCACCUGAAUACGUCCGGGGCCCCCGCCGACACCAGCGACCCGCUGCAGCAGAUCUGCAAGAUCCUCAACGCGCACAUGGGCUCGCUGCAGUGGAUCGACCAGAACUCGGCCCUGCUGCAGAGGAAGGUGGAGGAGGUGACCAAGGUGUGCGAGGGCCGGCGCAAGGAGCAGGAGCGCAGCUUCCGCAUCACCUUCGACUGAGCGACAGCAGGGCCCUGGGAGUUCCAUGCGGGGAACGCGCCCUGUUGUCUAGUUUGGGGUUGUGGCAAGAUACAUGUUUCUUUCUUUCACGUGACUGCCCUUGAGACAAUUGCUGUGUGCUUUGCCUUUUUCCAUGUAGGAAGUAUUCUGAGCCCUCUGCCCAGGCAGCAGCCUCAUGGGUGUGGCUUCUGUGGCUUUUAUUUGAGUGUCUUUGGCCCCUUUCCAGCCACUGCAACCGCCCACCUCGUCCUGGCUUGACCUGGUGAUGGAGACGCAGUGGUGGUCUUGGUCCCAGCCAGGGUCGCGGGGACAGCCGCUCUCUCCAAAGCGUAGUCAUAGGUGUCAUGAAAAAAUACCAAAUGUAAGAGAACCUCCAAAGCCUGCAGGGCGCAGUGGCUCAUGCCUGUAAUCUCAGCAAUUUGGGUGGCUGAGGCAGGCCGAUCACUUGAGGUCAGGAGUUCAAGACC